GCUGGUAUGUCGCACGCACGCAUUUUCGGUGCGAUUUUCUUCUGAUUCUGUCUGAUUUUUUGGCGGGCCGCCGCGUGGUCGGCCGGCCCUGUCGCGCAUCUCAACUUCGUGCGAAGGGCGCCUGCUCGUGGAGAGAGAGAGGCGAAAGAGAGACUGGAAAACGGAGCCCUGUGGAGCCGAAUGGCUGACGUGGCGUCAUAUGGUCCGGCGGACGUGGCAGAUCGAGGUGGCAUCGCGGGGAUAGGCGGGCGUCGCAGGCGGGCGUCGUCGUGGGCAGACUUGGCGGGCGGGCUGAUCUCAGAAGACGACGGGCAGAGAUGACGGAACUUCUUGUGCAUGAAGCAUGCCGUAAGGGAAAGUUGGAGGUUCUCGAGGAGGCGGUUGAGGCUGGCUGUGAUCCGCGAGAGAGGGGAUUGCAAGCUGGGACUUUGCCAUUGCAUUGGGCAUGUCACUAUGGACACCUCAAAUGUGCGGACUAUCUGUUGAGGCUCGGCUUAAAUGACAUUAACUGCAGAAAUGAUAACGGCAACACUCCCUUACAUUAUGCCACAAUUGCUGGAAGGCUCGAUGUUGUUGAAUUCCUCGUUAAGAACGCAGCUGACGUGAAUAUCAUAAACAAUGAUGGCCAGUCCCCACUUCAUGGAGCAGUCGGUCAAGGGUGGUAUAACGUUGUGAAAUACCUGGUGACGUACCGGAGCAUGUCCUGCCGUGAAUGCCGGCGCUAUAGGUGCCGAAUUCAUCAAGUGGAUAUCAAUUCAGCGGAUUGUAUGGGCACAACUCCACUGCAUAUUGCAAGCACAUUCCUCACAAGCCGAAUGUAUGAUCUUCUUGUGAGACACGGGGCGGAUACAAGAGCCGUUGAUGUGUAUGGGCGGUGUCCGAUUUCUCCUCGAAUACGACGGCAGCAAUUCAUUAUGGAGUGUGCGCCUUUUGUUUUCAGUUUGUUGUUUCUGUUUGCUGGUAUUUAUGUCAAGAAAUGUGUGCUUCGCAAUGAUGUUGAGACGGUUGAGGGAUCAACUGAUGUCUGAUUUUCUGAGGCAACUAGUGCAGUGUACAUAAUUGCUUUUUCUAGUGAAUUUUGCUUCUAUGAUCAUUCUGAAAUUACUUCCGUUCAACAAGCAGCAAGAAGGAAAGUUCUUUGUAUAUUACAAAAGUGUGUGUGUAUGCACGUGUGUGCAUGUGUGUAGAAUGUAUAUAACACAUAGAGCGUAUUGCCUGCAAAGCAGGACCUCUUAUGUAUGCGCAUGCUCGAAUCUCAUCCACAAAGAGGUCACACAUGUGCUUGUGUGCUGGAGUGUUUUCUGGUCUGGAAAACAGCCACAAGACUGAAGAUGCAAUGGACAAGUGAGAUCUUUGUUAGCAGCAUUUGACGAAAAAUGAGGAUGAUCUGUGCAUCAUUGAAAUUCUUUUUUCUUUAGGCAGCACCUGUAGUGUGGUUUAGAGUAGCUGCUAUUAAUCACUCCAUGUGCUUUGGGUCUUGCUGGGGCUUUACAGGGUUUAGGUGUUUUUCAUCAAUAUUAUAGCUCAGGAAUCUUCGCAGUUUACGGUUUAGGGUCCAAAGUCUAGGGUUUAGGGCUUAGGUUCUAGGGUUAGGGUUUAGGGUCUAUAACUUAGGGUAUUCGAUUUAGGGUUUAGGGACUUGGUCAUGUCCGCGUUUGGUAUACUAUUUCCAAAUAACUCUUCAGGUCGUCUGUUAGACUCUUCUAUUUGCCUUAAGGUUUCGUCCGGGGGUUAGGAGCUCUGUCUGGUGAGUGUUUGAGGCUUUCAACACCAUUCGUUGGUGCUAUGUCCGUACCUGGUCAUAAGAUCGCCCAUAUACGUGCUCUCUUAGCCUGAACCUUGCUAGCAUCAUUGGGGCCUUACUCGAAAUGUCUUUACUCUUUCCUGUUCUUCUGCCUCAGUUUCUCACCACCUCUGCACUGCCUCUUGAUUUGUCACUCAACAAUUGCUCAGCUCAUAUGGGAUGAAAUGCUCUCUUGUCUUUUUUGUCCCUCUCCCCUCCCCUGGCCCCCCGCCCCCUCCCCUUCUUUUCUGAAUUCUUUCUUCUUAUAAGACGGCACUCUUCGUUUUGAGAUGCAAAAUGUUAUGCUGCCUCUCAUUUGAGAAAUUUUGAGAUGUAUGUGAUAUAUUCGAUUCAAUUCUUUGAAUUCUUUCUUCUUCACUUCCUUUUUUUCCCAGGGAAAAUUGUAUGGUUUGUCUGAAGAGGGACACUGUCUUGCUGCCACACAUGUGAUGCAUAAGUGUUAUAGGGAAUUGUUUUUGGCUUUUCUUUUCUCUGUUCUUUAAAACUCUUUUUCCUGCUUUUUCUCCCCCAGAAGACUGGAUUGACUUUCUAGAGAUACAAACUCCUUGGCUGCCUGCUUUACAUUCAUAUAUGUGCACACCAGUUUUUUGAGUUUUAAAUUCAUACGUGCACCAGUUUUGUGUACCGACCACCGUGGGAGUGGCUACCGUCUUCGUCUGAAUACAACAAGAAUAGCAAAAUCGGUAAAUUAAAAUUUCCCAAGAAAGUUCCGUUUUCAGACCUCGGCGAAGAAAAUCCGAAUAUGGGCUUGGCGGAAUGGUUCGGAUGGUGCAUAUGACAUCAGAGCGAUAAAGGCAAUCGCUAAAU